ACAUCGAACUGGCUGUAGGUCCCAAACACGUGGAUGCAUGCGGAUGUUUUCACAUCUCCAAGAAGACCUUGUUUGUACGUGGUGUAAUUGUACAUUGUAUCGACUUGAUUUGUUUUACGUGGAAACGGAUCAAGAAUGAGCUCCCAGAUUACAUGUGUUGGGUGGGUAAUGCGAGGAGUGUCCAAAAACACACCAGACAAAGUGGAGUUGAGCAAAGAGGAAUUGCAACGCAUCAUAGCUGAAGCAAAAGAACAGCUUGGUGAACGUAGGGAUGAAGAAGAGGAGGAAGAUGAUGAGGGUAUGGCCAGUGGGCAGGAGACGAGUGACGAGGCAGAGGCUGCCCGAAAACAGGAACCAGAACAGGAUGAAAAUGAAGCAGGAAGGGAAGAAGAUGAGUUAGCGGAGUAUGGCUUGGAUAAAUAUGACGAGGACGACACAGUUACUUCCAACCUGGGUGACAGUCUGGCUGGACUUACAGUGUUUAGCACAAAUGAAGAGGACCCUUACAUUACCAUCAAAGACACGGAUCAGUAUGAGCGAGAGGACUUUCAAAUCAAGCCCAAUGACAACCUGAUUAUUACAGGAAGGGCUGAGAAGGACUGCUGCAAUCUGGAGGUUCAUGUGUAUAACUCUGAAGAGGAAUCACUAUAUGUCCAUCAUGACGUUCUUCUGCCAGCUUAUCCACUGUGUGUGGAGUGGUUGAACUUUGACCCAAGCCCUAGUGACGGACCAGGUAACUAUGCUGCUGUUGGGAACAUGACACCCCAAAUAGAUGUAUGGGAUCUAGAUGUAGUGGACUGCCUAGAGCCUGCCUUUAGUCUUGGAAACAAAAAGGCUGCAAAGAAGAAAAAGAAAAACAAAAAGUCUGCAGCAGAGCCAGUUGAGGGCCAUGCAGAUGCAGUACUUGACAUAUCCUGGAACAAACUGGUCAGGAAUAUAUUAGCCAGUGGAUCGGCUGAUGACACAGUCAUUCUGUGGGACUUGGUACAAUGCAAGCCAGCCACAACUCUACGAAGGCAUACUGAUAAGGUUCAGACAUUGGUGUUUCACCCUUUUGAGGCGCAGACCUUGAUUUCAGGAUCAUACGAUAAGUCGUCUAUCCUUUAUGACUGCCGCAGCCCGGAUGAUUGCCAUCGUACCUGGAGGUUCAGUGGUCAGGUUGAGAGGGUGGUUUGGAAUCACUUCUCACCUUGCAACUUUCUGGCAAGCACUGAAGAUGGGUUUGUUUACUGUUUGGAUGCACGCUCAGACAAGCCUGUGUUCACACUGAAGGCACAUGAUGGAGAAGUAUCAGGCUUGAAUCUCAGUAGCCAGAUAAAAGGAUGUCUGGUAACUUCAUCUGCAGACAAACAUGUGAAAAUCUGGGACAUCUUGGGGAACAAACCUAAUCUGGUUCACUCCAGGGACAUGAAGAUGGGUAUACUGUUCUGCGCAUCCUGCUGCCCUGAUCUGCCUUUUGUGUAUGCCUUUGGAGGACAGAAAGAUGGCUUGCGAGUUUGGGAUAUAAGUGAUGUGGCUGCAGUGGCAGAGGUGUUUGGCAGUCGAGACCAUCUGGUAGUGAAUACAGUUUCUGAAGCAGGAAGCAGCAGGUCAAUGGCAGAUAUGGAGCUAUUUUAGAGGCAUCUACUUUAGACCAACUUCCAAUCACUUGGCAAAGAGUGAAACAAUAGCUAAUUAUUUUGUCCUAAACUGUGUCCCAACUAAGUGACAGUUUUUAAUGCUGUAAUUCUUAAACUUGGCCCUAUAUUGCUUGUACCUAAAUACCAGAACUGUGAAAACACUCACAGAACAACCCCCCCAUAAUUUGUUCCCCAGAAAUAAGGCAGCACAGAUAUAUAAAGUACUGCAUGUCCAAAGAUUUUGGAGAGCAAGAGUGUCUUGAGCAUAAAGUGUACAUCAGUCAGCAGUUGUUAAUAGCUUAACUAAUUGCAAUCAGUGAUGAAGUUAUCAGAAUGUUAUUCUAUGUUCUAUUUCUGAUUAAAUCAAAAUCUGUCUUUUUCAAAACAAAUUCACUUUAAUCAUCGAGUAAUGCUCCUACUUGGUCUAAAUGUGGUCUACCACAUAAAAUGUGAUCAAUAAAGGUUCUUUGAAAUA